GGGCUCUUGCUAUAUUGCCUAUACUGGUCUUGAACUGCUGGCCUCAGGCAGUCUUCCUCCCUUGGCCACCCAAAGAGAUGGGAUUACAAGCAUGAGCCACUGUGCACAGCUGAGAUUUUUCGACUUAGUCUUUUUGUACACCCAGUAUCUUAUAGAAUAUCCAUAAUAUAGAUUCAUAAAUAAACCAUUUCCUUCAAUGGUAUAAAUAAAUAAACCACUGCCAAAAAUGGUGGAAUUUUCUGAGUUAAGAGCAAUACAUAUGAUACAAAACUUGAUAUAUAGAGUUUCUUAGCCAAACUGGAGGGGCUGGCUUUAGGUGAUCCGUGGACUCCCUGAAAUUGGGGACACCAUUGGAAAUAUGUGUGAACUCAUGGGCAGUUUCCUAUGAUUUCCAGUCCUCAAAAUAUCUCUUGGACUCAAAGAUGCCUUAGGGCAGAGGACGCGUGUACCCCCAGUACAGAAUCUCAGACAGUGAAUGUCAGUAGACAUUCGGCAGAAAAGCUCUGCCAAAUUGAGUGCUCUGAUGUGACUUUUUCAUCAAGUCAAUGUUCCUGGGAUCUCUUGUACAUGAUAAUCUCACUCUUGUAAGGUUUCAUCGUUUCUGCUUACCCUACUUUUCUUUCCCAUCCUGAUCCCUCUCCCACCAGACCGGACUCUGAAACGGGCAUGUACAGAGAAGAGGAGACCCCAAUACGCUUCAAGCUUUGAGCGGAGAGGACACAGCCUCUGCUGGGACAGGGAACAGAGGGAUGCGGAGACCCUGAAGAUGCUUUUGGACAGUGGUCUGAGGUUGGGACAGUGGCAGGAGAUACCAUUCACCCAGGAUCUCCAGGACAAGAGAUCAGCCUGGCAGUUACAUGUGUUUUUGUUCAAACUAGUUGCCAGGUUGGCAUGAACGAUGACAUCAGAGAUUCCGACCUUCCUGAUUGGAGGGACCGGACUCUGUCGGCACCUGGCAGUUCAGUUGGACAACAGUAACUUCUCAGAGCUGUUCUCCACUCCUGACUUCUCCCAGCCUCGAGAAUUGAUAACACACUCUUCUGGAUCCCAGCAGUGUCCAGAAGAAGACCAAGGACAGAACAGAGACUAGGUUCGGUGAGAUGGGACAGAUUUUGGGAAAGAUCAUGAUGAGCCAUCAACCGCAGCCCCAGGAAGAGCAGAGCCCCCAGCGGAGCACCUCAGGGUACCCCCUCCAGGAGGUGGUGGAUGAUGAAGUGUCGGGACCAUCAGCCCCUGGGGUAGAUCCCAGCCCCCCACGUAGGUCCCUUGGCUGGAAAAGGAAGAGGGAGUGUUUGGAUGAAUCUGACGAUGAGCCAGAGCAGGAGCUCGCCCCUGAGCCUGAGGAGACCUGGGUGGCGGAGACGCUGUGUGGCCUCAAGAUGAAGGCGAAGCGACGGCGAGUGUCGCUCGUGCUCCCUGAGUACUACGAGGCCUUCAACAGGCUGCUUGAGGAUCCUGUCAUUAAAAGAUUCCUGGCCUGGGACAAAGAUCUGAGGGUGUCGGACAAGUAUCUCCUGGCUAUGGUCAUAGCGUAUUUCAGCCGGGCCGGCCUCCCCUCCUGGCAAUACCAACGCAUUCAUUUCUUCCUGGCUCUCUAUCUGGCCAAUGACAUGGAGGAGGACGACGAGGCCCCCAAACAAAAGAUCUUCUACUUCCUGUACGGGAAGACCCGCUCUCGCAUACCCUUGCUCCCUAAGCUUUGGUUCCAGUUAUGCCGUUACAUGAACCCGAGGGCCAGGAAGAACUGCUCUCAGAUAGCCUUGUUCCAGAAGCGUCGGUUCCAGUUCUUCUGUUCCAUGCGCUGCAGGGCUUGGGUUUCCCCGGAGGAGUUGGAGGAGAUCCAGGCUUAUGACCCAGAGCACUGGGUGUGGGCGCGAGAUCGCGCCCACCUUUCCUAGAGCUCCAGGGACCGUGGAGGCCUGAG